CUGCGCUUUCUCAUCGAUACGCUGAUCCUCCGUUUUGCUGUUGCCCAAACACCCCAUAGCCGCUGCUUUAGGAUGGAUGUCAAAUCGUUGCCUUUGCAGAUUUUAGUAUUUACAAGCACUGCCUCUUUCUGCGAGACCAGGAAACAGCCCCGGCUACCAGCCCAGGCAAGCCGAAGGAGAAAGGUAAAAGCCGGACCGAUCUACCUGGAUCCUGCGGGGCCGCGCACAGGCGACUCGCAGGGGCCCGCACCUCCCCCCCGCCCCGGGCCGCCCCCCGCCGCCCCGCACCGCGCCCCGCCGCCGCCCGGCAGCCUCGGCCCUGGCGCCCCGGCAGCGCUGCUGCCGCGAAAACCUGGAUCUGGCAUCGUCUCGGCGGGACCCGCGGCCUCUGGGCCCGGCCGCCUUCCCUGCGCCCCGGCGGAGCCGGCCCCGGCUCUACCCCCCCGCCCCCGACCCCGGCCUGCGGCCUUGCGGCGGGGGACGCGGCGCCCUGGGAUGGAGGGGGACGGGCGGGGGGUUAUCCCGAUCGCUCCCCGCAUUCCUCGGCGGUGCUGGAAGAGCCCGGCUGCGGCCAGGGGAAGGAAGGUUUGGCACUCCUGGGUCGGAGAUCCCAGGCUGCCACAGGUGAUGGCUGCCAUCCUGACUGGCCCCAGCAGGCGGGAAAGCGGCGAGGGUCUGCCAAGAGGGCAGGCUGCGUACAUAUAUAUGCACACCUAUAUAAAAUGCAGGCAUACGCACAAAUGCCACGCGUUGGCUUGCUAAUAAGCAAAGUGUCCCCUUCCACAAGUUGUCACAGCAGCACAUAGGUGUUUUUUUUCCUUUGAACAGUCCAAACUGCAUCAGCAGAACAAGAAAAUGAAGCUCUCCCAAUACCUCACAAAAAUGUUCAAUCCGAACAUGAUAACAUACACGCUAAUACCACCACUGCAAAUCUCCACAAGAAACCGUAUGUUUGUUCCUUUCUUUACCUCCA